AUGCUCGUCCUCGCCCAAUCUCUCCCACUCUCCGUUCACACAAAGAAGACGCUGGCAGGUCGGCUCGCCACCAGUCGAAGAGGUAGUUGGGGUGGCGAGAUCGACAGAGUCGGCUGCUACGUCAGAAAACGUCGCCCCGCGGCCCACCCUCGUCUUCCACUUCCCCUGCGGACAUCGCGUACCGAGCAAACCCUCGUUAUGGAAGGCCAAGAAAGCGGAGGGGGGAAAGAGCCGCCGAUGAAGCUGCUGUUCGUCGAGAUGGGGGUUGGCUACGACCAGCAUGGGUGGGUGGCUUUUGCCCCUCUACAUUUCUCACCAGAUCCUCUCUGCAUCUCGUUCUUGUAUGAUCUUACCCAUGAUUCCUUCUUUUUCUCCCUGCAGCCAGGACAUCACGGCGGCGGCUAUGCGGGCCUGUAGGGAUGCCAUCUCCUCCAAUUCGAUUCCAGCUUUCCGCCGAGGUGAUGACGAUUCGCUCCUCUGCUUGAUCGUAAUAUCACUUAUGUGUCGAAGUUGUAUGAUCUUUCUCCAGGGGUUUAACUAAGUAUGCUUCGUUUUGUUCUGUGAGGAAAAAAAAUAAUUCCGGCGAUUGAGUGCUCUACAUGCCUUUUUUGUUAAACGAAUCUGGAAAAUCAUACUGGUCCGUUUCCGUAUCAUUCUCCCUAAAACCCGUUUCUCCUUGUUUCAUCUGGUUCUGUGCGACCGAUGCUGGAAACUUUCCUUGGAAUUGGAAGUUCUGAUUCGUGAAAUCUUUUUCUGCUCCUUUUUUUUUUAUGGGCGAAGCUGGUGUAUGAACUAUUUGCGUCUUGUCUGUGCAGGAUCAAUACCAGGUGUGAACUCGGACCACAUGAAGCUUCAGAUCAGGUUAGGGGUUCCUCGACCAACCCAGCAGCUUUUGGAUAUCGAGAGGGUGAAGUCGGUGUUUCCAUAGUGAGUUUUCAUUCACCAGUUGGCCUUCUUUUCCUUUCGAGUGUUGUUAGCUGGUCGAUUUUUAACGUGGCAAUAUGCUUCCAUCUUGAAAAAUUAUGCCCUAUAUCUGCCGAAUUUGCUUUGACGAUGAUCUUGCUCCUUGAAAUUGUUUGAUCAAGUAAAGACAGGACCUUGGUAUAUCUGAUUUUCUAGCUGGGUUAUAGCUUCCCAGUUUAUACGAGUGAGCAGAACGCCAAAUGAGUGAAGAAGAUGAGAGAGAAGGCACAGAAGGGAGGGGGGCUCUGCUAGUCACAAUUGUCAUUAACUGUGGUAGGAGGUGUCACUGCGCCGCCACCACCUGCCUAGUGAAUAUUUUCUUCUUCUUCCCCACUGCUUCCUUCACUUCUUCUUUCUUUGAAAACCCACAGAGGCAAAGAUGGCAAGUCAGAACUCAAUUCUUCCUAACGGCUAAAUGAAUACAGAGUAGCUAGGCCAUCCUGGGAAUCAGUGUCCAUGAAACUAGAAAAAGGAAGGUCGUCUAUCCACGGCUCUCUGCUUCACAUUGUUCAGAUUCAGUCCGAUUGCAGAGUAGCUAGCCUUUUGUUAUGAGGUGCAACAUCUUCCUGGACGCGGCACUAUGUUAAUCAAUUCUUUCCUGGGGAUAUUGGCAUGUUCUUAAAUAUACCGAUAUCCCCUUGUUAGUCACCCUUUGCUAUGAUAUCAAGUAUUUUCUUAAAUCUCAUGCUUUCGAUUUAAAGGGUAGUCGAGACCCUGGUCACCUCGGCCAUAAUUAGUUAUUGUCUAGGAGAUCUUGAAUUUUCUUGUUCGCUCUUGCAUAAUGUGCGUUGAACACUUUCCCACACUCUUUCACAACUAUUCUUUCAGUUUCUGUUCUUGUUUAUUAUUCUUAUGUAGACUGUUUACGCAUCUGCCUAGAAUUUAAGAUCGCAUGAAUACAAGAUUAUGAUGCACCGGAAAAUACAAGAUGUUCACUGCAUGCUUCGCUUCUUUCCCUCUUUGAUUUCCUUGAUAUGCUUACCACCCUCAACGUCUUUGCCAUAAGCGAUUGGUUUCAGUGUUCUGUCAUCCGAAUCACGCAAAAGAUCCUACGGAUUGGUGAGAAUUUUCUCCAGAAUGCUCCUUGUUUGUUGCAGUGUUCUAUCUCCAUGCAUCUAGGAAGGAGCUUUUGGUAGAUCUUGGAUAAAUAAGAGACAAGAGGGAAGUUUAAUUUGAUGAUAUGCGUUCACUCAGCAGACCUUGGGCUGAGGGACGGUUCAUUUCAUCAUCACUCUUCUCAUCAAGGUUUUCCCCGUUGAGGUAGAUGUUUCUUUAGUACGCCUGCUCCACAGAAUUUCGCAAGAUCUUCUGGUCCAACGCUCCCCGCCUAUCAGCGGUUCCUUUGGGGGUAUUCUCGAGAAUCAUUCAACCUAUGAUUGUUGUCACAUUUUUAGCCUUCUUGACAGUCGCCAGAACCAGAUUUUAGCUGAUUAACUCGACUUUUCUUCCCUAUUUGAUUGAACACCAUAAUCUGUUUAUCUGGUGGGAACCAGAGAAAUCUGCAGAUUGGCAUCACCCUUUACCAUUUGUUCGUUUGUGGUCUGCAGUGGACAAAUUAUCGGUAUCGAGGUAGUGGAUGGAGGGCUGAUAUGCUCCAGUGGCGUCCGCCUGGAGGCCAUGGGAGAUAAGAACGACGAUUGCUAUGUGGUCAACGCUGCUGUUUACGUUGGUUACUAG